GCCAGAGAGACAAGCAAUGGCUAUGUGAAUGGACGGUGGAUGUAGAGGGAGGAGAAAGGCCGCUGUUACCUAACUAAACCUGGAAAAAAACUGCUGCCAGUCCGGCAGAAGGAUUAGCUUCCUCCGACGUGCUGUAAGGGGACCAAGAAUAACAAGGAUUACAGAAAAUGGCACUCCCGUCAGUGAUGAUAUUGCCCCUGUUGAUUGUUGUGGCGGCAGGGGUGUACUACAUCUACAAUGAGGUCAUGCAUUACAUGGCCAAGUCUCUGGUGCGAAACAAGGUGGUGGUCAUCACUGAUGCUGUGUCCGGUGUGGGAAAUGAGUGUGCUCAUCUCUUCCAUAAGGGCGGAGCAAGGCUCAUCCUGUGUGGGACUAACUGGGAUAAGCUGGAGUCUUUGUAUGACUCUUUAACAAAUGAUGCAGACCCGAGUGAGACAUUUGCCCCCAAACUGAUAAUCCUGGACUUCAGUGACAUGGAAAGCAUGGAGGAUGUGGUGGCAGAAGUGGUGGACUGUUAUGGUUGUGUGGAUGUGUUAAUUUGUAACAGCAGCAUGAAGCUCAAGGCUCCAGUGCAGAGUGUCUCUCUGGAACUGGACAAAAACAUCAUGGACGCCAACUACUUUGGUCCGACCACUUUGACAAAAGGGAUUCUUCCAACGAUGAUUCCGAGGAGAUCAGGGCAAAUUAUUCUGGUCAACAGCAUCCAAGGCAGACUGGCUGUGCCUUUCAGAAGUUCAUAUGCAGCCUCCAAACAUGCAGCCCAGGCCUUCUUCGACUGCCUCCGGGCCGAGGUGGAGGAGUACGGGAUCACCGUGAGCACCAUCAGUCACACUUUCAUCGACGCAGCAGCCCUGCACGCUCCUGAGUCGCCUUCCCCCAAACCAAACAGCUUCGCUGCAUUCAUUGCCGGCCAGCUGACUCAUGGGGUGCGUCCGUCCGUCCUGGCCAAUGAGAUUAUGCGAACAGUGAACAGGAAGAGGAAGGAGGUUGUGCUGGCCCACCCCAUCCCCAGGGUGGCCCUCUACCUCCGAUCCCUCCUACCCUCUUUCCUCUUUGCUGUGCUGGCUGCUGGAGUCAAGGACUCUGUUGUGGCUGAGCAGAUGCAGUAGGAGAGACGCUGAAGAAAAGGACUAAAAAAAAGAUGCGGGCGUAGACUUUAUGACACUGUAUGCAAAAAUUGAAACAAUUUUAGUUGGGUAUGACCAUCAGUUGGAUAGAGGUUAACAUUUAACAUUUAACAUGGUUAAAUAUUUCUCAUGGUAUAGGCUCCAGCGCCCCCCGCAACCCCAAAGGGAAUAAGAGGUAGAAAAUGGAUGGAUGGAAAUAUUUCUCAUUAACCACAAUUAAUUAAUAUAUUAUGAAUUUAUGGCCCUGUUAGUCGGGUAUGAUUAUCGGUUGGAUAAAAGAGACAUGAUGCUUUGGAUUUACACUUUUUAACAAUUAUUCGUAUUAUAAUAUAAUGAUUGUUAUACAUCAAUUAAUCGCAAUUAUUAUAUAGUACCAUUAUUGUCAAGUUAUGGGUAUGUUAUCCCCUCUCCUUUAUUUUAAAGAGAAAAGUUCAUUUUCCAGUUGCCAUUUUAGAGCAGCAACACAUUUUGCCCCAGUCCUUAAUCAAUAUUAAACAUUAUGAUCCCCCAACACAAAACAAAAGACAGAAAUGUAACGGAAAUAAAUAAAUAAAUACUGAUUUUUUUGGUGAUCAAGUUCCUUACUUGUUUGUUUAGUUGUGAUCUGACUGUUUUGAAUGUAUGGGCAGAUAUUUAGGACA